AUGUCGGCCAAAGUAUCAAAAACAGUCUUGAUCACGGGUGGUAACGGCGCCCUGGGCUCACAGAUCGCCUUUGCGAUUGCAAAAGCACAUCCGGAUGUGUUUUUCAUCCUUACCGCACGCAGGGACAAUGAUGUCCAGGCCCAGAAGAUCUCGACCCAGCUCCACAAUCAGGGCGUGACGGCCUUCGAAUUCCUCACUCUCGAUCUCGGACGCUUCGCAUCGGUCAAGACCUUCGCAGCCAAAGUCACUGAAAAGGUGCGGUCAGGAAACAUCCCGCCAAUUGCUGUUCAGGUCAACUCUGCGGCAUAUUCGUCGUACAUAGUGGAUGAGAAGACGCAGGACGGGUUUGAUCCUGUAUACCAGACGAAUGUGCUGUCAUCGUUUCUUUUGACGACGUUGUUGCUGAAGGGGGCCUUUCAGAUGGAAAAGGGCAAGCCUCGGGGGAAGGUCAUCAACAUCACCAGUGAGACCGUCACAUUGGGCAAAGCCGACUUCUUUGACACCUGGGGACCUACCGAGAAGAACCCUAUCGGCUCGCACUUGUCGAUCAUGCAAGGGUUGACCAGAUACGGCAGCAGUAAAUUGAUUGGAGACAUUGCCAUGUACACCUUGAAGGAGAAGAUGUUGAAGGCUGGAGUCAACUCCGUGAACAUCUUUUCAUUGGACCCUGGAGGGAUGAAUUCCAACAGUAAUCUAUCGCGAGGAUCUAUGCCGACCGCCUUGCAAGUCAGUGCAACGAUCCUGUCAUUCCUGGGACCUAUUGUUCGCUGUUUCCAGAAAAGCCUUAUAAACCAUCCCCGCGUGCCAGCCGCGGCCGUUGCCCAAGCAGCGUUCGAUGCCUCAACCGAAGGCGGAGCAAAGGAAGUCUAUUACGUACUGGAUGACGAGAUUGGACCGAAACGCAUAAGCAAGGCCAUGGAGGAGCACAAAGACAAGGUCCUCGAGCAGGUGUUGAGGGACACCGGGAUGACACUUGAGCAACUCCUUGUCUGGCCUGAAAAAUAG